UUUUUUCCGAGUGUGGGGGAUGUUUUUGGCAUUUGCCGGGUAGUUUUGCCAUUUAAUUGGAGGUUUCAGAAGUUGAAGCGGCUAAUUGAGGCGGAAUUUUGGCUUGCGGGGAGUUGAAGCGCUUGAUGGAGAACGGGAUCCGGAAAUAGUCCAGAAAUUUAUCUAUUCCAAACUUUUUUUUCAUAGACUAAACUUUCAGUCAAUCUCGCUUCGACUAAUAUCUCAUAAUUAAGGGCAGAUAGAUUGGGCAAUAAUAAUAUUUUAUUAUUAUUAUUUUAUGCAUAAUCACUUAAGAGGAAACUUCUUGAUUCGUGAUCAGACUGAAUUUUUUUUCGGAAAAUGAGGAGGCAAUAUCUUUUGACAAGUUUCCCUUGACAAAUGCCGAGCGAGUUUGUUAUUAAUUGUGCAUUGUCGGUUGUAUCUCGGCGAAUUUUCUUGACACUCCAACCUACCAUUGCACGACAAAUACACGACACUGGGUAGACAUGAGUUACUCAACGACCCUAUAUUUCUUACUCCUGAUGGCUAACACGAGUUAUCAUGUGUCAGCUGUGUACGAGGACGACUCCAGGCGUUACUGUCGGCUGUGCCAACGUCACACCAUGUGUCUUUUUCCUUUUGACGACCCAAGCCACCGAUGCCAGGACCUCGAGUGCGGCGAUCUAGAUCAUUCCGAGAUACAAUCAAUAGUACACGAGCACAAUCUCCACCGGAAUCACAUAGCAAGUGGUCAAGAAACACGCGGCAAACCAGGCCCUCAACCACCAGCUCGUAGCAUGAUGGAACUUUGUUGGGACGAGGAGCUCGCUGCACUUGCUAGAAAAUGGGUACUACAGUGUGUUCCAUUCCGCAAGGAUGAAUGCAGGGAUGUUGGCAAAUUCAGUGUAUGGCAGAACAUUCACGUUUGGCCCAUGGAUGUGGUUGAAACGAGCACUAGUAGCCACCACCGCAUUCCAUUUCACAUACAAUCGUGGCUGGACGACGUUGAGAAUUUCGAUACCGCUGAAGUUGGAAUGGUGGACUUUUCGCGGGAGGAUAGGGGCGGCUACAUUGGAAUUGCAACUGGAAUGAUAACCCGAGUGGGUUGUGGUCGGGCGUUGUACAGCGUUGAGAUGGGGUACCAACACCACCAGGGGAUGGGAAAUUCACUGUCGCCGAUGGUGAACGGCUUGGAGAUGCAGGGAGUGAACAACAACUCAACUGCACCAAGUGCCAACGUACACUCGACUGAUACCGGUAACCGACUCGAGGUUCUCGUCUGCAAUUACGGACCUAUCGAUCGUACAACACCGGGGAAUCUCUACGAGGAUGGAAUGCCCAGUAGCUGUCCCAUGGGAUUCCAAACUAGUCCGAGAUAUGAGAAUUUGUGCUCUGCGACAGAGGAACAAGAUGACGAACACUGGGAACCGAGUGUACGUAGUGCCAGCAUGGGCCAGCAUUGUGCGACAUAUCUACUUUUAUUUGCACUUCACAGAUCACUCGUAGAUCUAUUGUCUGAACGAUAAAAAUUUCACUGAAGAUGGAAAACUCUUUGGGAAUGCAACUGCUACCCGUGAGAUUCACUUCGAUCCGCUUUACUCGAGUUUUUUUUUAUUCUUUUUAAGUGACGAAAAUAAAGGAAAAAUCGGUGGAAAAGAAAUAUAUUCCCACGACAAUUAGUAGCUUGCUUUUGUACUUGAGCGGCUUUGAUGGAUAUAAACUCGCCUUGGAAGCUCGUCAA